UUUGGCUCCCCCACCCACUUAAGGGCAAGCAGACAAUCGAAUCAGCGAGGGAUUGCGGCACCUGAGUCGAGAGCUGAUUGGCUGGAUAUUUGAGUGCUGUCAAAAUCCCGAGUUUUUGUCGCCCUUCCGUGGCAGCCGGACUGGAACAAGAUGGCUGUAGAUAUUCAGCCAGACUGCCUUGGACUUUACUGUGGAAGAACAGUGGAAAUUAUAAAUGGAACUGAAAUUCAUGGUGAUUGUGGGGUAUGUCCCAGAGGACAAAGAAGUGAUGCCUAUAAAAUCUGCCGGGAAUGUAUGGGGUCUCCAGAACACUAUGAUUGGCUUUAUCUUGGCUUUAUGGCAAUGCUACCUCUCAUUCUGCAUUGGUUCUUCAUUGAAUGGUAUUCAGGGAAAAAGAGCUCCAGUGCUCUUUUCCAGCACAUCACUGCUUUAAUUGAGUGCAGUGUGGCAGCAAUUGUUACCCUCCUUGUAAGUGACCCCAUGGGCUCUCUGCACAUCCGUUCGUGCAAAGUGAUGAUGCUUUCUGACUGGUAUACAAUGCUUUACAAUCCAAGUCCUGAUUACGUCACCACAAUUCACUGUACCCAUGAAGCUGUCUAUCCUCUCUACACCAUUGUAUUCAUAUACUAUGCCUUCUGUUUAGUGUUGAUGAUGAUGCUUCGUCCUCUGCUGGUAAAGAAGAUUGCUUGUGGGCUGGGAAAGUCAGAUAGAUUUAAGAGCAUUUAUGCAGCUCUUUACUUCUUCCCAAUUCUGACUGUGCUUCAGGCCGUUGGAGGUGGCUUGCUCUAUUAUGCUUUCCCAUAUAUCAUCAUAGUGUUAUCUCUUGUUACCCUGGUGGUAUAUCUAUCAGCUUCUGAAGUAGAAACUUUCAAAGAUCUGCUUGUCAGGAAGAAAAGGCUUAUUGUUCUGUUUAGCCAUUGGCUGCUGCAUGCCUACGGAAUUAUCUCCAUUUCGAAGCUGAGCAACGUUUAUCAGGACUUGCCUUUGUUGGCCUUGGUGCCUGCACCAGCUCUUUUUUAUUUGCUAACUGCAAAAUACACUGAGCCUUCCCGGAUAUUAUCUGAGGGCGCAAAUGGACGUUAAUUAUAACUAAUAACAGUCUGGGUAAGUAGCAUAUUCCAAAAGAGUGUCAGUCUUCUUGGAUCCAGCUGUCCUGACCUUAGUUGUUAGUUUGCUAUGGAUCAUCUUUCAAGUCAAGUUUUUCUUCUUUUGAGGAUCAAAACGUCACCUCUGUACCAACUAGAAGGCAAAUUUUCUAAACAAUACUCAGCAUGUGUAAUGCCUUAAGACUCUUUCAUUGGCUGCAGAAGCCAAGGACCCCAUUGAUUUUAGCUGUUAAGUCUCUAGGCUUGUUCUGUAUACAUGUUUUAUAUUUGGCUGUUAUGUGUGAAUAAUUUGUACAGCAUCUUUGAAAACAGUGUUAUUUAUUGAUUUCAUAGUGCAGUAUUUUCUCACAUCUUCGAAUCUGUAUUCAUAGAAGAAUAAAAGUUUCAGUAUUCUAGCU